ACUCACACUGCGGCUCCUGCCUGUCUGUAUCCCCCACCCCCACACGCCCCAUGUGUUGCUGCUCUCGGCGUGCUCUGCAGAUGUGUGCAUCGCCCUGCACUGGCCGCCUGCUGCCGUGUGAGUCCAGGUUACAUCCACUCUCAUACCAGGUUGCAUUCUGUGUUACAUCUGCAAUUGGACAAAAGAAGUCACAAGAUCAACAUCCUCGGUGAGGUGUGGUGAGUCUCCACGAUGGUGGCCCUCUCGCUGAAGAUCUGCGUCCGCCAGUGCAAUGUCAUCAAGACCAUGCAGUUCGAGCCUUCCACGGUCGUGUACGACGCAUGCCGCAUCAUCCGCGAGCGCGUACCAGAGGCACAAACCGGGCAAGCCUCCGACUACGGCUUGUUCCUGUCGGAUGAGGAUCCCAGGAAGGGGAUUUGGCUGGAAUCCGGCCGCACCUUGGACUACUACAUGCUCCGCAAUGGGGAUGUUCUGGAGUACAAGAAGAAGCAGAGGCCACAGAAGGUGCGGAUGCUGGAUGGAGCUGUGAAGACAGUCAUGAUUGAUGACUCCAAAACUGUUGGUGAACUUCUGGUACCUAUCUGCAGCAGGAUAGGUAUCACCAAUUAUGAAGAAUACUCUUUGAUCCAAGAUAUAAUUGAAGAGAAAAAAGAUGAAGGAACUGGUACACUGAAGUCCGGGUCAGUGUUGGGCCCAUGUCCCCGGACCUUGUUGCGGGAUGAACGCAAGAUGGAGAAGUUGAAAGCAAAACUCCACACAGAUGAUGAGCUGAACUGGUUAGACCACAGUCGUACAUUCCGGGAACAAGGUGUCGAUGAAAAUGAAACGCUGCUGUUACGAAGGAAGUUCUUCUACUCUGACCAGAACGUGGAUUCCCGGGACCCCGUGCAGCUCAACCUCCUCUACGUACAGGCGCGGGACGACAUCCUGAACGGUUCCCACCCAGUGUCGUUCGACAAGGCCUGUGAGUUUGGGGGCAUCCAGGCCCACAUCCAGUUCGGGGCCCAUGUGGAGCACAAGCACAAGGCCGGCUUCCUCGACCUGAAGGAGUUCCUGCCCAAGGAAUACAUCAAGCAGCGCAACGCAGAGAAGAAGAUAUUCCAGGAUCACAAAAACUGCGGGGAGAUGACGGAGAUUGAAGCCAAAGUGAAGUACGUGAAGUUGGCCCGUUCACUGCGGACCUAUGGGGUCUCCUUCUUCCUGGUCAAGGAGAAGAUGAAGGGGAAGAAUAAGUUGGUGCCUCGGCUACUGGGCAUCACCAAAGACUCGGUGUUGCGAGUGGAUGAAAGGACGAAGGAUGUGAUGCAGGAGUGGCCACUCACCACGGUCAAACGCUGGGCUGCAUCGCCAAAGAGCUUCACUCUGGACUUUGGAGAGUACCAGGAGAGCUACUACUCAGUGCAGACGACUGAGGGGGAGCAGAUCUCACAGCUCAUCGCCGGUUACAUCGACAUCAUCCUCAAAAAGAAACAAAGUAAAGACCGAUUUGGGCUGGAAGGAGACGAAGAGUCUACAAUGUUGGAAGAAUCCGUUUCUCCAAAAAAAUCGACCAUUCUACAGCAGCAGUUCAAUAAGACGGGCAAGAUCGAGCACGCAUCCGUGGCGCUGCCAGCGGUGAUGAGGCCCGGCGCGGGGGGGCCAGAGAACUUCAACAUGGGCACCAUGCCCGCCCCACAGCAGCAGAUCCUAAGCGGGCAGAUGCACCGGGGCCACAUGCCCCCACUGACGUCGGCACAGCAAGCUUUAAUGGGAACCAUUAACUCCAGCAUGCAAGCGGUGCAACAAGCCCAGUCUGACCUCACUGAGAUAGACAGCUUGCCCCCGCUGGGACAGGACAUGGCAUCCAAGGUGUGGGUUCAGAAUAAGGUGGAUGAAUCAAAGCACGAGAUUCACUCGCAGGUCGAUGCCAUCACUGCGGGCACCGCGUCUGUGGUCAACCUCACUGCCGGUGACCCCGUGGACACGGAUUACACCGCCGUUGGCUGUGCUAUCACCACCAUUUCCUCCAACCUGACGGAGAUGUCCAAGGGGGUGAAGUUGCUGGCGGCCCUGAUGGACGACGAUAUUGGAAGUGGCCAGGACCUUCUGCGGGCAGCCAGGACGCUGGCUGGAGCCGUGUCUGACCUGCUGAAGGCCGUCGAGCCCUCGUCCGGAGAGACCCGACAGACGGUGCUGACCGCUGCCGGCAGCAUUGGGCAGGCGAGCGGAGACCUUCUGCGCCACAUCGGAGAGAAUGAGACUGACGAGCGGUUUCAGGAUGUGUUGAUGAGCCUGGCCAAGGCAGUGGCCAAUGCAGCUGCCAUGUUGGUGCUGAAGGCCAAGAACGUGGCCCAGGUGGCGGAGGACACCACCCUGCAGAACCGUGUGAUUGCCGCCGCUACUCAGUGUGCCCUCUCCACCUCCCAGCUCGUCGCCUGCGCCAAGGUGGUGAGCCCAACCAUCAGUUCGCCGGUGUGCCAGGAGCAGCUGGUGGAGGCGGGCAGGCUGGUGGAGCGCUCGGUGGAGGGGUGCGUCAAGGCGUGCCGGUCUGCCACGGAGGAUGGCGAGCUGUUGAAGCAGGUGGUGGCGGCGGGCAGCGUGGUGGGCCGGGCGCUGGGGGAGCUGCUACAACACGUGCGACACUACGCCAGCCGCGGGGAGCCCAUCGGCCGCUACGACCAGGCCACCGACACCAUCAUGACCGUGACUGAGAGCAUCUUCUGCUCCAUGGGCGACGCAGGGGAGAUGGUGCGGCAGGCCCGGGUACUGGCCCAGGCCACGUCAGACCUGGUCAACGCCAUGCGGUCCGAUGCAGAGGCGGAGAGUGACGUGGACAACUCCAAGAAGCUGCUGGCAGCGGCCAAGCUGCUGGCUGACUCCACCGCCAGGAUGGUGGAAGCGGCAAAGGGUGCAGCUGCCAACCCUGAGAACCAGGACCAGCAGCAGAAGCUACGGGAGGCAGCCGAGGGUCUGCGCGUCGUCACCAACUCUGCCGCACAGAACGCCAUCAAGAAGAAGCUGAUCAACCGGCUGGAGAGCGCAGCCAAGCAGGCAGCUGCAGCAGCGACACAGACCAUCGCCGCAUCCCAGAAUGCAUCGUCAUCCAACAAGAACACGGCGGCCCAGCAGCAGCUGGUACAGAGCUGCAAGGCAGUGGCCGAUCACAUCCCCCAGCUGGUGCAGGGGGUCCGGGGCAGCCAGGCCGAGACCGACUGUCUCAGUGCCCAGCUGGCACUCAUCAUCGCCAGCCAGAACUUCCUGCAGCCCGGAAGCAAGAUGGUGUCGUCGGCCAAGGCAGCGGUGCCCACGGUGACCGACCAGGCAGCUGCCAUGCAGCUGGGGCAGUGCGCCAAGAACCUUGCCACUAGCCUGGCCGAGCUACGCACAUCUGUACAGAAGGCCCAUGAAGCCUGCGGACCCAUGGAGAUAGACUCAGCCCUGCAGUCAGUGCAGACCCUGAGGUACGAGCUCCAGGACGCCAAGCUGGCCGCAGCCGACGGGCAACUCAAACCGCUGCCCGGCGAGACGCUGGAGAAAUGUGCUCAGGACCUGGGAAGCACAUCCAAGGCCGUUGGCUCGUCGAUGGCACAGCUCCUGACGUGUGCGGCACAGGGCAACGAACACUACACCGGUAUCGCAGCCAGAGAGACAGCGCAGGCCCUCAAGACGUUGGCGUCAGCAGCUCGGGGUGUGGCUGCCUCCACGGACAGCCCGCCCGCACAGAACUCCAUGCUGGACACGGCCCGCGACGUGAUGGACGGCUCAGCCCUGCUCAUCCAGGAGGCCAAGCAGACCCUGUCCUCGCCCGGAGACGCAGAGAGCCAGCAGCGGCUGGCACAGGUGGCCAAGCUGGUGUCACAUUCCCUGAACAACUGUGUCAACUGCCUGCCUGGACAGAAGGACGUGGAUGUGGCUCUGAAGAGCAUCGGGGAAUCCAGCAAGAAGCUGCUUCUGGACACGUUGCCAGCUAGCAGCAAGAGUUUCCAGGAGGCACAGAGUGAGCUGAACCAUGCUGCGGUGGGACUGAACCAGUCGGCGGGUGAAGUGGUGCACGCCUCGCGGGGCUCCAGUCGCCAGCUGGCCGCAGCGUCCGGCAAGUUCAGUGACGACUUUGAUGAGUUCCUGGACGCCGGGAUUGAAAUGGCUGGACAGGCGCAGACAAAGGAAGGUCAGGUCCAGGUGGUUGGUAACUUGAAGAACAUCUCCAUGGCCUCCAGCAAGUUACUGCUGGCCGCCAAGUCCCUGUCUGUCGAUCCAGCAGCACCCAACGCCAAGAACCUGCUGGCAGCCGCUGCCCGGGCUGUUACGGAGAGCAUCAACCAGCUGAUUACACUCUGCACCCAGCAGGCCCCGGGCCAGAAGGAGUGUGACAACGCACUGCGGGAACUAGAGACUGUGAUGGGAAUGCUGGAAACGCCCAAUGACCCCGUCAGUGACCUUUCCUACUUUGACUGCAUCGACAGUGUGAUGGAGAAUUCCAAGGUCCUGGGUGAAGCCAUGGCAGGGAUCUCUCAGAGGGCCAAGACCGGUGACCUGCCAGCAUUCGGAGACUCCGUGGGGAUCGCUUCCAAGGCGUUGUGUGGUCUGACAGAGGCUGCAGCUCAGGCGGGCUAUCUGGUGGGGAUAUCGGAUCCCAACAGCCAGGCCGGCCACCAGGGGUUGGUGGAUCCCAUCCAGUUUGCCAGGGCUAACCAGGCCAUUCAGAUGGCAUGUUCCAACUUGGUGGACCCAGCGAGCAGCCCGUCACAGGUGCUGUCUGCUGCCACCAUCGUUGCCAAGCACACCUCCGCCCUGUGCAAUGCAUGCCGCAUCGCCUCCUCCAAGACUGCCAACCCCGUGGCCAAGAGGCACUUUGUACAAUCGGCAAAAGAGGUCGCCAACAGCACUGCCAACCUGGUGAAGACAAUCAAGGCUCUUGACGGUGACUUCUCUGAUGAAAACCGCGAGAAAUGCCGGCUGGCCACAUCCCCGUUAAUCGAAGCGGUGGAAAACCUGACGGCGUUCGCCUCCAACCCGGAAUUCGUCAGCAUCCCGGCGCAGAUCGGAGCAGAGGGGGUCCAGGCCCAGGAGCCGAUUCUUUCAGCCGCUCGGUCCAUGUUGGACAGCUCAUCCUCUCUCAUCAGAAGUGCCCGCUCACUGGCCAUCAACCCCAAGGACCCACCCACCUGGUCGGUUCUGGCAGCACAUUCCCGCACCGUAUCCGACUCCAUCAAGAGCCUCAUCACAUCCAUCAGGGACAAGGCUCCAGGGCAGCGGGAAUGUGACUGUUCCAUCGACAACAUUAACAAAUGUAUCCGGGAGAUCGAACAAGCAUCGCUGGCAGCAGUCAGUCAGAACCUGCCGACCAGAGACGACAUCUCCUUGGAGGCUCUCCAGGAACAGAUGAGUUCCACGGUGCAGGAGAUUGGACACCUGAUUGACCCGAUCACCACGGCGGCACGAGGAGAGGCGGCUCAGCUGGGACACAAGGUCACUCAGCUGGCCAGCUACUUUGAGCCGUUGACUCUGGCCUCGGUGGGCGUGGCGUCCAACGUGCUGGACCACCAGCAGCAGAUGACCGUGUUGGACCAGACCAAGACGCUGGCCGAGUCUGCGCUGCAAAUGCUCUACGCGGCCAAGGAGGGCGGCGGCAACCCAAAGGCUUCACACACGCACGAUGCCAUCAUGGAGGCAACUCAGCUGAUGAAGGAGGCCGUGGACGAUAUCAUGGUGACGCUGAACGAGGCGGCCAGUGACAUCGGUAUGGUGGGUGGCAUGGUGGAUGCCAUCGCUGAGGCCAUGAACAGGCUGGAUGACGGCACCCCUCCAGAACCCGACGGCAGUUUUGUGGACUGCCAGACCACCAUGGUGAAAUACUCCAAGGCGAUCGCAGUUACUUCUCAGGAGAUGAUGACCAAGUCGGUGACGUGCCCCGAGGAGCUGGGCGGCCUGGCCUCGCAGGUGACCACCGACUACAGCCACCUGGCCCACCAAGGGCGGCUCGCAACGGCCACUGCCGACACCCAGGAGAUUGGGUUCCAGAUCAAGACACGGGUUCAGGACCUGGGCCACGGCUGCAUCUACCUGGUGCAGAAGGCCGGGGCCGUUCAGAUCAGCCCCACGGACAACUUCACCAAGAGGGAGCUCAUCGAGUGUGCCCGAGCUGUGACUGAGAAGGUCUCCCUGGUUCUCUCCGCCCUGCAAGCUGGCAACAGAGGGACGCAGGCUUGUAUCACCGCAGCCAGUGCCGUGUCCGGCAUCAUUGCCGAUCUCGACACCACCAUCAUGUUCGCCACGGCCGGCACCCUCAACGCAGAGAACAACGAGUCCUUUGCCGACCACAGGGAGAACAUCCUGAAAACGGCCAAGGCUCUGGUUGAGGACACCAAGUUCCUGGUGUCCGGGGCAGCGUCCAGCCAAGAGAAGCUUGCCCAGGCUGCACAUUCAUCUGUCAGCACCAUCACCCAGCUGGCUGAAGUGGUGAAGCAGGGAGCGGCCAGCCUGGGCUCCGAUGACCCAGAGACACAGGUGGUCCUGAUUAACGCGGUGAAGGACGUGGCCAAAGCACUGACGGACCUCAUCAGCGCGACGAAGUGCGCGGCUGGGAAACCGGCCGAUGAUUCGUCCAUGUAUCAGCUGAAGGGUGCAGCCAAGGUGAUGGUGACAAACGUGACCUCCCUUCUGAAGACAGUAAAAGCGGUGGAGGACGAAGCCACACGGGGCACCCGGGCACUAGAGGGCGCCAUCGAGAGCAUCAGACAGGAGCUGGCGGUUGUUCAGAAGCCCACAGCCGAGGACAAGCUGCAGUUGUCUGCCUACUCCAAGCGUGUGGCUGCGGCCGUCACCGAGCUGAUCCAGUCCGCAGAAGCCAUGAAAGGCAUGGAGUGGGUGGACCCGGAAGAUCCCACGGUGAUCGCGGAGGCGGAGCUGCUGGGAGCCGCGGCGUCCAUCGAGGCCGCCGCCAAGAAGCUGGAGCAGCUGAAACCGCGCGCCAAACCCAGGCAAGCGGACGAGACGCUGGACUUUGAGGAGCAGAUCCUGGAAGCUGCCAAGUCGAUUGCGGCUGCCACCAGCGCUCUGGUAAAGUCGGCGUCGGCGGCUCAGCGGGAGCUGGUCGCCCAGGGAAAGGUCGGAGCCAUCCUUGCCAACGCGGUGGAUGAUGGCCAGUGGUCCCAAGGACUUAUCUCUGCAGCACGGUUGGUUGCAGCGGCGACGAGCAGCCUGUGUGAGGCAGCCAAUGCAUGUGUGCAGGGCCAUGCGAGUGAGGAGAAGCUGAUCUCGUCGGCCAAGCAGGUGGCAGCGUCCACAGCCCAGCUACUGGUGGCCUGCAAGGUGAAGGCGGACACCGACUCUGAGGCCAUGCGGCGGCUACAGACGGCAGGAAAUGCAGUGAAGAGGGCUUCAGACAACCUGGUCCGAGCAGCUCAAAAGGCAGCGUUUGACAAACCCGACGAGGAGAACGUUGUCGUCCAAACGCGGUUCGUGGGAGGCAUUGCUCAGAUCAUUGCAGCCCAGGAGGAGAUGCUGAGGAAGGAGAAGGAGCUGGAGGAAGCUCGGAAGAAGCUGGCCCAGAUCCGCCAACAACAGUACAAGUUCCUGCCGUCAGAGUUACGGGAGGAGGAGAGCUAGAUGUCUGGACCAUCGACCGACCAGUCCGGUUUCACAAAGAUCUCCAGCUGCUCAGAAUUUGAGCCAGUUGGGAAUCUGAUAGCAUUGUACACUGAGAAGGUGGAACAUUGCAUUAGCUAGGAAUUAUCCAAUUAUAGAUCGUAGUCGAGAAUUAUGUUAGUUUAGUAUUGGCUUCCUGUACUCCCAAGGCUUGCAUGCACUAAAUACAAAUCAGGGAAGUCUACAGAGCAAGAUGACUAUGGCCAGGCCCCAUGGGCGGCAGUAGGCGAGUUGUCUACACAGAAGAUGUUCAGGAACGGUCUGAGUCUGGCCUGCUCGGUUAACGUGCGAGGGCAGAUUCCCCAGGCAUUGAUAGAGAGAGAACGUUGGCAGGGGAGCUUUCAAAAGUCAUGCAGGAUCACUCAAUGCUUUUUCACUACUGAAUACCUGUAGAUCCUGACAGUGCUGCUUAGAAGCUAAUCUGCUUCCCCUCGUAACCCAGGCAACCCGCCAACCCUGCAGUUCCAUCCUGUGGUAUAAAUUUAUUCGGACGUUCAACGCAAGGAGUUUCUGCUCCUGUGCUCCCUGUUUUCAGGAAUCUGACUUUGGAAACCAGCUAAACAUAGACUGGGAAGAGAAAAUCCACCUUGUGUCCUCCGACCAGCCCUCAGUAGCAUUGAUAGGGUCUUUAACACAAGAGGCACAAAAGAUAAUCCGUUGUGAAGGGGACAAGGAAUGUUUUGAAGGUGUUCAUUGCAUUUCAAUUCCUAAUUCCUGCUCUGUUUUAAGAUGGUGGGUGCACCAGUCAUUUUCAUUGCCUGCUGUGUUUCCUACAUAGUCAGAGGGUUGCUCCUGGUGUGUUUGUGUGUGCUUUGUCUUUCUGUUGCCUGCACUACUCUGCCAUUGCUGGUAGGGUCUAUACCACUGAUGUCACCCACUGACAUCCCCCAGCUGAACCUCUGCAUGAUGAGUCCAUAUAAGUAGCGUUCACAAAGUGUUAAUGCAAGCCAAGCCACACAGCACUGCCCCUGCGUCACCUUGUAUGGUCUUCCAUGCCGACUGCACCUCCCGUCUGUGAGAGAUCACUCUUUUUUAUCUUUGGAAAUUGCAUUCGGCAGACCCGCAGCAAGAUGCAUCGUAGCCCAUCAACGCCGCAAUCUUGCAUCUCCCCAGCCCGGACCUGUCAUCUAAAAGGUGUUGUUCAUCUGGAAAGUUAACCCACCCUCUUGUUUUGUCGGGCAGCUGAGGAGCGUGAAUUUACAAGAAGAACUUUCAUGUACCAAGAUGAUUCAAGUUAUCUAACCACGGUCUUUGGUGGGAAUAGUUUUCCAGCUGCCUUGUGUGGAACAAAACACCUCGCAGGUGCAGGAGAGAUCCAAUGUGUCCGCAGGUUCCUGGCUUGCCACACUUCAUAUGAUCCAAACUUUCAGUGAAGCAUUGCGUAUAUUACUCUGCCAUGACAGAAUGUAUUACUGUAUGUAACAUAAAGUGCUAAUUUAUCGGCCACAAAAACUAUUUUUUGUAUUCACGGAAAUAAAAGGUUUCAAAGGAAA